GGCGGGAUUUUCGGCGUCCUCUUUGAGGCCGACACUUUGGCCUCCCUCCGGCUCGUUCACUCUAUCCGCGAUUCCCGAGCGCUGCGGCGGAAUCCUGGAGACGGGACCGAGAAGGAUCGUUGUCCUCGCUGCACAGUGGCGGGGCUAAGGCUUGGCGCCGCUCCGAGUGACCCGGCCAACCCUGGGAUAGGGACCUCCAAGCCCGGGUCUCCGUUAUUCCCAAAGUCCAAUGGAGGCGGCCGCGCUGAGGGCCCAGGCUCAGGUUCCUGUGGCUGCAGAAGCUCUUAUGGAACCAAUACAGAUUGUUGGUGUGAAACAGAGGAUGAGGAGGUACCUUCUGAGCAGAGUGUUUCUGUAGAAAGACUGUCACAAGUUAGGGUUCCCACACCAAGUUCAUCUUCCCAGCAGGCCCACUCCUGUGAGAUGUGCGGCCCAGUCUUAAAAAACAUUGCUCCCCUGGCUGAGCACAAGGGAACACAUCGAAGGGAGAAAAUGUACAUGUAUUGGACAUGUGAGAAACAAUUCUUUUCCAAUAUAAAUCAUCAGUGUCAGAAGCAGCACAUUGGAGUGAAACCCUUCAGAAGUGAGGUGAACAAAGUGUCAUUAGUGAAGAGCUGCACAUGCAGUGAGUCUCAGAAGCCCUCUACCUGCAGGGAUGUUGGGAAGGACUUCCUGGCCAGCUCAAGAUUUCUCCAGCAACUGGCCACUCAUACCAGGGAAAAAUCAAAUAGCAGAACCUUGUGUUGGACUGCCUUUCACAGGAGAAAAAUACAUUACAACUGCGGAAAGUUCAACAAAGCCUUCAGCUACAAACACAUACUUGUUCAGCCUCAGAGAGCCCUCACUAAAGAAAGAUGUUACCUGUGCAAUGAAUGUGGGAAGUCCUUUAGCCAUAACUCUAGCCUCAUUAAACACCAGAGAGUUCACACUAGAGAAAGGCCUUAUAAAUGUGGAGAAUGCGGUAAGUUCUUUAGCCAAAGCUCAACCCUCUUUCAACAUCAGAGAGUUCACACUGGAGAAAGGCCUUAUGAGUGCAGGGAAUGUGGGAAAUCCUUUAACCAAAGCUGUAGCUUCCAUAACUAUUGAAAAAUUCACACUGGAGAAAGACCUUAUGAAUGCAAUGAAUGUGGGAAAUCCUUUAGCCAAAGGUCUAACCUCAUUCAACAUCAGAGAAUUCACACUGGAGAAAGGCCUUAUGAGUGCAGCAAAUGUGGGAAAUCCUUUAGCUAAAGCUCUGCACUACGGCAACACCAUACUGUUCACACUGGAGAAAGACCUUAUGAGUGUGGUGAAUGUGGAAAAUUUUUCACCUACGAUUCCAACCAGAAAGUUCACACUGGAUUGAAGCCUUAUGAGUGCACUGAAUAUAGGAAAUCAUUUAGUCAUAAUUGCAGCCUCACUCUACGUCUGAGAGUUCAUACUGGAGAAAGGCCUUAUGACUGCAAUGAAUGUGGGAAAUCCUUUAGCCAAAGAUCUGCGCUCCUUAAACACCAGAGAGUUCACACUCAAUAAAGGCCCUAUGAGUGCAGUGAAUGUGGGAAAACAUUUAGGCAAAGGUCCAACAUCAGUGAUCAUUGGAGAGUUCACACUGGAGAAAGGCAUUAUGAAUGUGGCCAGUGUGGAAAAUCUUUUAGCAGAAACUCUGGUCUCUCUCGACACCAGCGAGUUCACACUGGAAUAGGGCCCUAUGGGUGUGUUGAAUAUGAGAAAGCCAUCCACCAAAGGCCUUACCUCAUCAGGUACCACAAAGUUCACAUGACAAAAACACCUUCGAUGUACUGGGAAUGUGCUGUUUCCUUAUUCAACAUCACAGCAUUGGAGGACAUCCAGUAAGAGUGUCAUCUGCCUGGAUUGAACCUCAUUCUUUCAGACAUCCACAUACAUUCCAGGUAUGUGGGAAGAUUUGAGGAAUUGUGUUAUGCUUUCGAAUCUGCGUGGGGCUCUUGCCAGAUUUUUAUCACUGUUAGGAUUGUAGCCCAAGCCAUUUGACUUCUACUAGCUGGGUGGAACACACAGUGAGCAUCAUUGACCUACCUUAAUUUGCUGUAAGGAAAUGUCUGUGUUCUCCCAUUUGUUGGAGGGAUUUGUGAGAAGCCUGAGCACUCACUUCUCUCUUUUUUUUUUUUUUUUUGUGACAGAGUCUUACUCUAUAACUCAGACUGGAGUGUAGUGUCAUGAUCUUCAAGAAAGAGCCCAGCAUGGAACCCCCAUCCCCACAUGGGGUGCAUUGAGGACCCAGGACCCACCAGCUCGUGGGACUGAGUCCUUCAAAUCAAGGCUCUUAAGUGGAUGGGGGUGACCUGCUGUGGCCCCAGCUUCUAGCAUGACUUCCUGGAGUCAAGGUGUUUGGAAAAGCAGCCCAAAGUGGUGGUGAAAUCCAUCUAAGGUGAAUACCUGUUGGAGACCAACAGUCAAGUAUGGGAACGGAAAGAUGAACAUUACUUUAAGGAGAGAGUUCAGAGAGUGCACAUCCCUUACAAGGUAAGAGGUAAGGUCAGAGAAACCAACCCACAGGGAGUGUUGCUAUGCUGGCUGCAGGGGGAUCUCUCCCAGCCCCAGUUCCACUCUGUCCUGUACCCCUACCCAAAUCCAGUUCCUUGGGAGAGGAAAAGUAUCUGCUAAGAUGUAGGGUUGUUCCUAAUGUGGAAGGCCUCCACUGACCACUGGAUGCUUGGAGUGGCCCAUGCCUUCUGGCCAGCCAGUGUCUCUGACACUAUAUGGCCUCUGCAGCUUCCAUCCAGCUCACAGGCUCCACAGCUGUUCUCUACUGAGCCUUGUAAAGUCUCAUUCUACACAAGCUAACUUUCAUUUUUCACAAUAGACCUAGGCGAUCUGGAGUAGAUUUUUGCAGCUGUUUUUUGGAACACAUCCCAGUCUCUUGCUGGAAGAAUUUACAGGAGGAAACUCAGUAAACACUACAAACAAGGACUAGAUUUGUCAUAUUUUUAAUAGCCUGGAUUUAAGAAAGUCAUGGAGAAUAUGUUAAUAAUACAGACUAAAUCAGAUGUGAUGGCUUCUACCUGAAAUCUCAGCUACUUUGGGAGGCUGAGGCAAGAGGACCACUUGAGCCCAGGAGUUUCUGACCAACC